AACAAAGAUAAACAACUCCACGUCUUAAGCCAUCUGCUGCCAGUUUGUGUGGGACUCGUGCGCACAUAUUACAACCAUUGCACGGUCUAUACUAUGAUUCGAUCAGAUUCAUCUCAUCCACAACCUUCUCCACCACGAACAUUCUUCUGUUGUUGGGACUGGUGUAGGCUCACCUUCUCAACCAGUUGACAAGCUUGCUUCUCAUGUCAGACAUAAUCAUAUCUGGGAACUUCAGCCAAUGAGCAAAAAGGAAAUUGUGCGCAUGAGAAAGCAAGAGGCAGCGGAAGCUCAAAGCAUGAUUGAGUCGUCGGGCAGCUCGGUGCCAGUGUGCCUUUCCAACGGUGGAUUACAUUUAUAUUCUACGGAUCAAAGCUCGUCGGGCUCUCAGCCAUUCACCUCGUCCCCAGCACCUCCAUUGGGAAUCCUGGGCCCGGCCUCUUUAAUGCCUCCUGCCUCCCGUCAAUCAACUUCGCUUCCCUCGCCGAAGAAAACACCGCCACUGCCCACUCCUGCGAGAGCACUCGCUUUUGCUCAGCUGUCAUCACCAGCUGACACCUCAUCUAUCGCGUCUCUUCCGCGAUCACCAGACCUCAGCACGCUCUUAUUCCGCCCUAAUCUUGUAGCUCAAAUUGACUCCUUUGAUCGGCGACACAGUAGACUUAGCGGGAUUGCUCAGACACACGCUAAUAUAUCUCUGCAACAUUCUCGCACUGACUCAUCAAGCUCAUCGCAAGAUGCAGUAGAGCGACAGCUCAUACGGGAGGAUGCAGCGGACGUUAGUAUCCAGAGCAUCCGGAUGCAAGCACCAGAGACAGCUCACAACGGUGCAGCGGAGAGUGCAGUAUUGUCUACCUCCGAGGAUCUGGCCACCAUUGUUGCGGGCACGGUUGUGGACAUAGCUGAUGCUGAUCUCCAGUGGCCUGAAUCUGAACCUGAACACACUCCCGCUAGCCAGCCUCGGCCGCUCUCUCCGCUGGCCAAGAAUGAAGACGUCGAGCGCAUAGAAUAUCCCAGCUCCCCCGUUGUGACCCAAAAUGACAGAGGAAGACACUUCCGCUCUGGCACGCUCCAUAUUUCGCCAUUGCCCAAAGGCACCGCAUCAAAAACACCAUUUGGGCGUUCCCAAUGGUCACAAGACUCUCAAACGACUUCUAAUUCGAGCCUUUUACAGGAUUCUGCACAAUCCUGUUCCCUAGUGCUUCAGACGCAAGCACCAUACCAGAGCCAGUCAUACGAGUUUUCACAGAGUUGAGGUGUAUCACGUGGUUUUGUGAACAUCCUCCAUUUAGAUCAAAUUUAGAUCAUCUAGUGCUCCCCUUAGUUUGGACUUGUUGCAAGUGUAUCAUCGUUGUAUAACCGAUUUUACCAUCUAAGCGCUUAAGCACAGAUAAUGGUAGCUCAGAAUUGUGUCCACCACGAAGGGCUGUGCCGUUGCAAUCUCAUCUUAUACUGUACGACACGGUACUGUAUCUGUGUUUGUAUACUAGAAAUACAAUGCUGUUCCAGGCAACUGCGAGAAUGGUUACGCCAACGUAAGAUGGUGAUUAGAAUAUGAGCGGCAUACGGCACAAGUACGCUUGAGCAAUCUUAUUCCGUCACGGAGUGUUCGAUGGUGCUCGACAUGAGACAUUCAUCAUGAUCAUCAC